AGAGACGCUUUUAAGUAUAUUAGUGUUCCAUAAAUUGAUAUAUGUAAAUCUAUCUUGCAGGGUCUUUUAAUGAAACAGAUCGAAUGGGAUUCCGAGAGAUGCCUAAUCUCUCCCGUUGCAUCAGAGAUCUUUUAACAAAAACCAAACAAUCGCGUUUUUGUUCACAUUUUCGUUUCUUUCGUUUUAUAUUUGUAGAAAACGAAUUUGUACAGACAGCAUAAAAUAAGGAAGGAAUAAUGAUUUACGUAUCGGAAAAUGAGAUCUGAAUAUUUUUCUUGGAUUGCAGAUAUAAAUAAUGGCCUUCCAAUUGGACGAUCUUCUAAAAGAAGAUAAGAAGGAUGCAAAUUUAUUACCUGAUCUAAGUAAAGCAACCUGUAAUUCUCAAGAAGAAUUCCGGCGACUGCUCGAAAAUUGCCCUGAAUUUAAAAUUAAACCGGAAAAGGUAAAAAAAGAUGAUGCAAAAGUGCGCGAUAAAGAAUUUUCCUGGAGGCCAACCAGAAGAGAACUGAAAGCAUUUGGAAAGGAAUGGAAUUAUGGAAAUCCGAUACCUCCAGACAUGAGAGCUUUGAAUCUUCACGAGUUACAACAGGUUGCUAUUGAUUGGAGAAUGUUAACGCCGAUCAGACCAAAGUAUCGACAAGACGAAGAAAUGUUUUCCAGAUUGGUAGAAAUGGGAAAACUAGAAGCAAAAACAAUUGCUAAAGAACGACGAUCAAUUAUAAGCCCCAUUAGACGCAGUAAAAACCGUGCCGGUAUGAUCGAAAGUAGCGUAAAAACGUGUGCUGAGUGUGGAGAAGAAUAUUGCUUUGGUGAAUUUUGUGGCGAUGUUCUGUACGAUCUAUUUGUGAGGGUAACUGUUACGAUUCAGCAGCCGAAAGUGAAAGUGUCCGCCGACACAGAAGCGAUAAUAGCUAAUAUGGAUCGUAAAAAGAAACACAAGAGGAAGAAAAGAAUUAAGAAUAAAAACAGAUCGUCCAGAAAGAAUAGUAAAUUGUUAAUUAGACACAAAGGAAUGAAAUCUGCUGAUUUGGGAAGAAAGAGCAAUAAAGUCAAGAUCGAGAACGAGGGCGAUUCGAAGCCUGUUAAACCAUUCAAAAGGAAAUGCAGCAAAUACCCUAAAAAAGGAUUUCGAAAAUAAGCGUAGAAAGUAACAUUUAGGGAAACUAGAAAAACGAAUUUAAGUAAAUGAUUGUUUUUAAUAAUGAAAGUGAAAUAUGAUAAUUAUAAAUGUAAAACGUGUGUAUUCUAACGAUAUUGUUUGUGUUCCCAACGAUGAGUAGAUUAAUUAGUAAAAAAAAAAGUAUAGAUACUGUAUAAGUUUAUAUAAUGUAAAUAAUUUCAUGUAGAAAGUAGAAACUAAAAGAGAAUAAUGAAGGAACAGUUGAUGAAAAAGUAAAAUGAGAAACGAGGUUCUGUACGUUUUAUUAUUUGUCUAUAUUCUGUGGUCCCUUGAAAGUUGGAAUAAACUAGCCUUCCUUAUACAAUAUUUAAAAACUGUAAUGACAAUUAAAUAUGUACAAAACAUUCAUUGUAACGAUAAUUAGUGGGCGGGCGCAGUGAAUGGUUGCAACUGAAUGUUGAAAAAUAUAAUUUUUAUUCCUCAUUUCAUUUACCUCUUUUUACCUCUUCUUUAUUUUGUAAUGCAUUAUUUUUUUCGCUUAUACUUCUAUCCCAAAAAUGUCACAAUCAAAAAUGUAAGUACGGAACGAGAAAUAUUCUAUUUUCGCAUUUGUACCGAUUGCGCGAUUUUUUUUUUUUUUUUUUUUUUUUUUGUAGUAGCUUUGAUCAUGUACUUUAAACUUACAGCUACGAAAUAUUUAUAUUGCAAGGACUUAUAUAAACUUUCAGAAUUUAUAAUGAUAUCAUAAUUCAAAUAAGAAUAUGCAGCCGUUGGAAACAAAAUAUUUCUCUUGAAUUAUGUUUUUUCCAUCAAUUUUGAAAGAAAAUUCCAUUUAUAUCGAUUUCAACAUUAAAUCGUACGCUAUAUAUAAUAUUUGAACUGACUGAAAUACACGCAUUUUACACAAAUAUAUUUAUAUAGAUAUCGUAAUAUCAGUAACUACGUUAACACUUUUGGUGAAUAAAAUACAUCGUGAAUAACCAUGACAUUUCUGUUUCACGGAAUAAUAUCCUUUUAUCUAGUCUACACUUGGUUUCCUUUAUUCUAUAUUCGAUAUUUCUAUUAUGAUCAGAGUCCAGGUGCAUCACUACCAGGUUAAUAAUAUUGCAAGCGUUAGGCCACUAAACUUAACUUCGUAUCGUACAUUUAUUUAUAUGAGGAGAAAGACUUUCUUUAGAAAAAAAUAUUUCAGUUACUUUGAACUACGCUCAAGCAAAAUAUCGACGUCACGUUAUAAUCACUAUAUGUAACUACAGUAGUCUCAUUAAGCUACAAUCAAAGUACAUAUAUGUAUGUUUAAAAAUAUAGUUAAUUUCGUUGGACACUGAUCGACACUUUUGAAAUAUCUCUACAAUCAUACUUGUAUAGACCACGUUAUUCAAUCACUAGUUUUUCAAGCUACUACCACUUCAGUAUACAAUAAAAUUGCACAUACGUAUAUAUUUAAUUAGAAAGAACAUUGCUGAUUAAUAUAUUAUACAUAUAUACAAUAGCGAUAAUAUUUUUUUAAUCAUAAUCAGUACAAUUAAAUUUAGUUUUGUUGGAAAGACUUCCUUAUAUCAUUAGUAUUUAAUUUUUGUGUAAUUCUUUUUUUUUAUUAGGAUCUUGCGAUAGCAACAGUUUUAUAGUGAUUUUUACAUCGAUAUUUAAUUACUCGAUAGACGAGUAAAGUGCAUAUAAAUAUUACUCAAAAUAUGAUAUCCUUCUAUCAACAUGAUUUUAAAAACUCCCUUAAUUUCCAGGCUGAUUAACUGAAUUAACUUCGCCUCUUUGUCAUUGUGUCGUCACGCGAGUUAGUAACCCGAAGAAUAUUACAUACAAAAAUAUGAUGAUAUUAAAUACCUAGACCGCAUGAUUCAGUAGCUACUCAAAUUGUCCCAAUCGUUGAACUUAAGUACACCAAUGAUUAUUUGGUAAAUAUAAACAUUUUUUACGACCAGCGUUGAACAAUAACAUUACAUAAUCGUUCAUAAUAUAAAACUAUCCUUCGUUCAUAAUAUAAAACUAUCCUUCGUUCAUAAUAUAAAACUAUAAUUAAUUACAUUUAGCUUUACUCGAUCAAUUGUCCACUUAAAUAUAUAAGUUUAAUACAGCUGUAACACUGAAUACGGAUAGUAUACACGCAACAUGAAUUAUUUAAGCGAUGUUUGCAUUUAUAGUUGCAAUAGAAACAAAAUAAAGACUACAUUUUUUACUUUUCUUUAGUGCCGUUUAUACCUUAAACAACGAAAUGUAACAACUCGUACUAGUAAGAAAAAUCGUUAUUUCAACACUGAUCAUAACGCCUGUAGAAAAAUCUUUACAUUCCGUAUGUUUCCUUUUUAUUACUUCAAUUAUAGUUGAAUAGGUACUUCCAACAAUUCGUUUGAAUAAUUACGUAUAGGAAAGUAAAAUUAUAAAAAUGCAGAGUGCUUGCUACAUAAAAUUAGAAAUGUAGAGACGAUAUAUUUAUAAAUAAUCGAAAGAUGAAUAUUAAAGUCUUUUCAUUGCCAAAAAUUAUUAUACAACAGUUGCCCAUAGUAAAGUAUAACAUAUACUUUUGGCACUCGAUGGGGUCACUCGAUACAAGCGACUAUAUUUCAUUGGAUUUUACAUAAUAAUAACGAUCCGUGGUUCCACACUAUAUGUAUAUAGAAUUGAAGCUCGUUCGAAAAAAUUGUAUUUAAAUAAAGAAACCUUUCUUUUUUCAAAGUAUCAAUAUUUUAUAACAAAGAAUUUUUUAAAAUAUGUGAAAUACUAAAAUCUUUAAUACCUUGUAUGUAUAUCUCAAAACAUACAGGUAGAAUGAAUAUUUUGUGAAAAUAUAUUAAGGGUAAAAGUACAAAAUAUGGAGAGCUAUUUAAACGAAUAUUUUUUCAUUUUCUUUUUAUAAGUAAAAGCUAUAAAUGAUAAUAUUAUUUAAUAGUACUAUUUUACAACGUUCAUGUAACGCUCAGGUAUACAGUAUACUUAUCACAAUAUUUCAUUCGCCAUACACCCUAAAUAUUCUUUCUUUAUCUUUACAUAUUAACAUACAACACUAAUUAGUAAAUUGUUUCGAGCAAAUGACGUUACAAUGCAACUCCUAUAUUAAUUAUUACGCAUUUAAUCGCGAUAACGCGAUUGCAACUAACAUCAUUUUUCGAUUUCAAAUUUUUGUCUUUUCAUUUUUUCAGAAAAUAGAAGCCAAAAAACUCUGAAUAUAGUACUCAAUUUUAAUGUUUUCUUUAAAGAUAUUCUUAAUAUUUAAUUCUUCUUUCAAGACAUUACUUCUCUUAUAGAGUUUAACUCUUG